AUGACACUAAGCUUCUUUGACCAAUUUAUGAGCCCCACAUAUCUAGGAGUCCCUUUAAUAGCCCUAGCUCUGACCCUCCCCUGAAUUUUAUACCCUACACCCACGGCCCGAUGAUUAAAUAACCGCUUCCUUGCCCUUCAGGGUUGAUUUAUUAAUCGCUUCACACAACAACUUCUUAUACCUCUAAACCUAGGGGGUCAUAAGUGGGCCGCUCUUUUAACCUCACUAAUAAUCUUCUUAAUUACCCUAAAUAUACUAGGCCUUCUCCCUUAUACCUUUACACCAACCACCCAACUUUCCCUUAAUUUAGGCCUUGCAACCCCCCUAUGACUUGCAACCGUAAUUAUCGGGAUGCGAAACCAACCAACCCACGCCCUCGGACACCUACUGCCAGAAGGUACCCCAGGCCCCCUAAUUCCGGUCCUUAUUAUUAUCGAGACAAUUAGUCUUUUCAUCCGCCCCCUCGCCCUCGGGGUCCGACUAACAGCAAAUUUGACUGCCGGCCAUCUUCUUAUCCAGCUAAUUGCAACAGCCGCCUUUGUUCUUAUACCCCUAAUACCUACCGUAGCCCUUCUGACAUCUGUGGUGCUUGUUCUCCUCACCCUUUUAGAAAUCGCUGUGGCUAUAAUUCAGGCUUACGUAUUUGUCCUUCUAUUAACGCUUUAUCUACAAGAGAACGUUUAA